AUGCCCUCCAAGCCGCCGGGCAGCAAGCCGCGGCCGCAGGGCACCAAGCGCGCCAAGUCGCAGAGCCCUGCGCUGGCGCUGGGCGGCGCGGCCGCCGCCGUCGCCGCCGUUGCGUACUACGUCCUCACAAUGUCCAAGGCAGUGUCACUCUCGCCCAGCGACAGCGCGGCGCUCAAGCAGGUCUUCUUCUCGGGCGAGCCGUGGCUGGUCGAGUGCGGCCACUCGGUCAGCCCGGCCUUCUACGAUGCGGAGGGCUCGCUGCCCAAGGAUUUGCGCGUCGGCCUCCUGGACUGCGCCGCGGCGCUGCCGUCGGGAAAAACGACGAUCCAGCGCUUCAAGCUCUCUCCGCCAAAGCGCGGCCCGACGGUCCUGCUCUUCGCCAACGCGGACGCGAAGCCGGCCGUCGCCCCGGUGGACGCGGCGCGCACCGGCGUCGACCUCGCCAAGUGGGCGGCGCGCGUGAGCCAGCCGCGGGUCGUCUCUGUCGCGACGGUGCAGCUCUUCGAGGCGCACUGCACGAAGCGCAAGUGGUGCGCCCUCGCGCUCGGGGCGGGUGCGCGCCUCCCGUCCGAGGAGCGAGCGGCGCUCACCAAGCUUGCGGCCGCCGCUCGCGCCGUCCGCUUCAUCGCUGUCGACGGCAGCAAGCUGCUCCUGCCCGACGAGCUGAUGCGCGUGGGUGGCGAGCUGCCUGAAGGGUUCGAGCUUCUGUCCGAGACUCCGACAGCGGAGCAGCGGCUGCCGCCUCCUCCUCCGCCGCGGCAGGAGCGGGAGGAGAAGAGCGAGGAGGCGACGAGGACUCUGAGCGACGCCGAGCUCAAGGCGCUGCGUGCAGAGCGCGAGGCGGAGCGGCAGCGGCUCGAGGAGGAGCGGCUGGAGCAGCGGCGCGCGCAGAUGCAGGAGGAGGAGGCGAUGGCGGGCAACUUGGUCGAGGAGGUGGAGGAGGAGGGCGAGGCGGAGGAGGAGGCAGACGAGGCGGAGGAGGAGGUCGAGGUCGAGGAGUUCGAGUGA